UUCCAUCAGGUUGUGUGUGGAGUGCAAAGAUUUUUCUUUUCUCAUUCGAACACACGGCCAAAAGAUUUUUCCCACGUUACAUAAAUUUUCGCACACACUUUUCCCCCAAAAUAAGAAUUUCCUGGUUACCAGUAACUGGCACUGGCUGCUCCAGCUGCUCCAACUGCUCCAACUUUCGUUCGUGACUGGAUUUCGAGAAACGUGUGAGCAGGAUGUGCAAGUAUCCGAGAAACGCAUGAAACGCACACGCUGGGCGCCAAGACGAAGAGUCACCAUCCAUUCCACCAAACGAAAUCUGAGUCAAAAUUCCAGUUUUAUUUUCUAGAUCUCUAGAUCGGCGUCCGUAAUUUGAGCAAACCGGAAACGGAAGCUGCAGCGAGUCCUGAAAUUGUCACUGCAACAAAAUUCUGGCCAUCGACAAAAUCGAUAAGCCUCAGAAUCAGCCUCAGCACAUUCGAGCCAAGCGUCGCACGACUUCUUGACACCACCACCGCUUGCGGCCGCCGCCAUCCGAUUCAACCACCUUGAACACCACCUAACCAUACCACCGUCAUCGCCAUCGCCAUCGACAUCGACAUCCCACCAUCAUCAGCAGCGCCGUUCGUAGCCAGCAUCCAAAAUGUCAUUCAUAGCCAAAUUGAAGGCCACGCCAUUGCCGCCCCUGAGAAACAUACUGAACGUGGCCGUGCAAACGGCCCGACAGACAAUUCCAGAGCGCAAGGACUACGAGCAACCGCCGGGCAGCACACAGCAGCACCAUCAGCAGCAUCCCCACCAGCCACAGCCCUCCUCUGGCAUGGAGGAGAACACAGAGAUGAGCUCGAAUCCCUUUCGGAAUGCUGGCAACUGGACCGAGAACGAUGGCGAGGGCGAUGGCGAGUACAAGGGCGAGUACCAGAGCACAUCCUUCAAUGAGUACGACGGCAGGUAUCAGCAAACAGACGGCUUCAGGCAAGGCAGCAUUGCCUCCGAGGGCAGUUCCUUCGUCUGCGAGGGAGAAGGUGGCGGCGGCUGCAAGAUUGACGAAUUCCAGGCGGCCUGGAAUGUGACCAAUGCGAUCCAGGGCAUGUUCAUUGUGUCGCUGCCCUUUGCCGUGCUCCAUGGCGGCUACUGGGCCAUCGUGGCCAUGGUGGGCAUUGCGCACAUCUGCUGCUACACGGGAAAGGUGCUGGUGCAGUGCCUGUACGAGCCAGAUCCCACCACGGGACAGAUGGUGCGGGUGCGUGACAGCUACGUGGCCAUUGCCAAGGUAUGUUUUGGACCCAAGUUGGGCGCUCGGGCCGUGAGUAUCGCCCAGUUGAUCGAGCUUCUGAUGACAUGCAUCCUGUACGUGGUGGUGUGCGGCGACCUGCUGGCCGGAACCUAUCCGCAGGGUUCGUUUGAUUCGCGUUCGUGGAUGCUGUUCAUCGGCAUCUUCCUGCUGCCCAUGGGCUUCCUGAAGUCCUUGAAAAUGGUCUCGACCCUGUCGUUCUGGUGCACCAUGUCCCACAUCGUGAUAAACGCCGUGAUCCUGGGCUAUUGCCUCCUGCAGAUCGGAGACUGGGGCUGGUCCAAGGUGCGCUUUAGCAUCGACAUGGAGAACUUUCCCAUUUCCCUCGGCGUGAUCGUGUUCUCGUACACCUCCCAGAUCUUCCUGCCCACGCUCGAGGGCAACAUGAUCGACCGAUCCAAGUUCAACUGGAUGCUGGACUGGUCCCACAUCGCGGCCGCCGUGUUCAAGGCCGGCUUCGGCUACAUAUGCUUCCUGACCUUCCAGAACGACACCCAGCAGGUGAUCACCAACAAUCUGCACUCGCAGGGCUUCAAGGGCAUGGUGAACUUCUUCCUGGUGAUCAAGGCCAUCCUUAGCUAUCCAUUGCCCUACUAUGCCGCCUGCGAGCUGCUCGAGCGUAACUUCUUCCGGGGUCCGCCGAAGACCCGGUUUCCCACCAUCUGGAAUCUGGAUGGAGAGCUGAAGGUCUGGGGCCUGGGCUUCCGCGUGGGCGUCAUUGUGUCCACCAUCCUAAUGGCCAUCUUCAUACCCCAUUUCUCUAUUCUGAUGGGCUUCAUCGGGAGCUUCACGGGCACCAUGCUCAGCUUUAUCUGGCCGUGCUAUUUCCACAUCAAGAUCAAGGGCCAUCUGCUCGACCAGAAGGAAAUAGCCAAAGACUACCUCAUCAUUGGGCUCGGCGUGCUCUUCGGCGUCAUUGGAAUCUAUGAUUCCGGAAAUGCCCUGAUAAACGCUUUUGAAAUUGGUCUUCCCUUCUAAGUCCUGCAUUUUCUUUGUGGUUCCUUGCUCUCUUCUGGCCUGACAAGUCUUCCAGGUGCUUUGGCAUCAUUUGGUCAGGUCUGAAAGAGUAAGGAUUCAGUUAUAUAUAUAUAUAUAUAUACCAUACACGAGAAAGAAUAUCGAAAUCGAAAACAAUAAUGUUUAGUCUGUAAGAAAAUCGCAACGCAAGUCUUCCAAACAAGCGAAAAAAUGUCUUCCAAACAUGAAUAAUAAUAAUAACUAUUUAUGACGAUAUAUAAAAAAAAUUAAUUU